AUGGCCGGUACUCUCAGGGACCGCGAGAAGGCUCCGCGACCAUCCAAGCAGAGCUCGCGCGACCCGGCUCUCCCUCAGACGCGACAGGAUAUCAUGAACGGCACCAGCAGCAAGAAGAGGCGUCCCAACGGUCCUGUCCGCGUCAAGACCGCCGGCGAGAGUGGACGGCGCGGCAUCCACCCCCUGCACUUCUUCAAGAUCACCUGGAAGUCUUCGAGCUACCUUUCCCGAGCUGUCAACGUGCUCUGGCCCAUCGUCCCCGCCGCCAUCGCCGUCUACUACUCCCUCGAAGACCAUCAUGUCCUCAAGUUCAUUCUGGCCUACAUUGCCAUGAUUCCCUGCGCCAAUCUCAUUGGCUUUGCCGGCCAGGAGCUCGCCAGAAAGAUGCCCCAUGUGCUUGGUAUUCUGGCCGAGACGACGAUAGCAUCCAUAGUCGAAAUCAUUCUGUUCAUGAUUCUCCUCGUCGGACCCAAUCCCCAAUACGAGGUCAUCCGGGCCGCUAUUCUGGGUUCCAUCUUGGCAAACAUGCUGCUGUGCCUGGGCCUAUGCUUCUUCGCCUCUGGGAUACGCCGCGAGACCUCGACCUUUGACGGCGCCAUCAGCGAAAUUGGUACCGGCCUUCUUCUCAUGGCUGGUCUAGGCUUGGCCAUUCCUACCAUCUUCCAGAAUUCAAUCAGUGUCACCGAUUUCGAACUCACCCCACAGCAGAUCGACGACAAGGUGGUCAGCCUAUCCCACGCCGUCGCCGUCCUUCUCCUCGUCUCCUACUGUGUCUAUAUCUGGUUCCAGAUGCGAACACAUCACGGUAUCUACGAUGCCAUCUUUGAGCACGACGAAAAGCGAGACGCCGAUGGCCACAAGGAUCAAGCCAAGGCAAAGCUUACCUUGACUGAAUGCAUCAUUGCUCUAGCCAUCUCCGUCGCGCUCGUGUCUAUUAUCGCCAUUGCCCUGGUCAACGAGAUUCCGUUCAUCGUCGAGGAGCAAGGCAUCUCGGAUCCGUUCAUGGGAUUGAUCUUGGUGCCUCUGGUGGAGAAGGCCGCCGAACAUCUGACGGCCAUUGACGAGGCGUGGGAUAACCAGAUCAACUUCGCCUUGGCUCACUGCAUCGGUGCCACUAUCCAGACCGCCAUGCUCAACGCCCCGCUCGUCGUCAUUGUUGCUUGGGGCACGGGCCGUCCGAUGGACUUGAGUUUUGAGAUAUUUGAUGUCGCUAUGCUGAUCCUGGCCAUCAUCACCGUGGGCAACUUUUUACGGGACCAGAAGAGCGACUACUUUGAGGGCUUCCUCUGCGUUAUCAUCUACAUUGCCAUUGCGGUUGCCGCCUUCUUCUUCCCCAACCUCCCUCAUGCGGCAGAAGGGACUUCCGGAAGCGGGGAGCACUGA